AAUGCUUCCAAUUUCUUCGUCAUUACCAAAUUCUUAUACAAUCAAUAUAUAAUAAAAUAAUAAUAAUAGCCUAAUUCACAUUAAUAAUCAUGACUCUAAUAAUAAUCGAAUUAAAUUCAUUCAUUCUAUUUUUUUCAUUUUUCAUUUUUCAAUUCUUAAUUCUUGGAAUUCCUGCGGUGUUCAAAUUUUUGUGAAACGCUGCAGCAAUGGGAACAUGGUGGGGUGAAAACGACGUCGUUGAAGAUGAAGAUAUAGAUAUUGAUGUUUGUGUUGCCGCCGAUGGUGAUUUAUGGGUUAGCGUUGGUUCCGCCGGUGCUCCGAUCGGAAAAUUCAGCGUUGAAAGUGAACAUGAUUUGGCUAAUAUGGUUACCGAUUUUUUAGAAAAUGCUGGAAGUUUUGGUGCUGAUUCUUGGUGUAGUAGUGAUAGCGAAUCUUGUCUCUCUGAUUUUUCUCAUCUUGCUGAAAAAAUUCAGUGGGCAAUAUAUUCAAGUUGACAUGCAAAUCACUUUGCAAAUUAGAUGAUACAAGAAAAUGAGAUGAGAACUUUCAAAUAGGGCCUGAUCUUAUUCCAGCUAAUAUUUAACUCUCAAGAAAAUUGAUCAGAAUUGAAUUCCUACGUAUACAAUUUGCUUACUCGUGAGUUGUGACUCCAGCAGAAAUUUCACUCAAGAAGACUGAACAAUGCUGGGAUUUUCAUAUGGUGAAGUAUUUCUUUUGCUGGGAGCCACUGCUGCUCUAAUUGGUCCAAAGGAUUUGCCAAUCAUAUCCAGAACAGCAGGGAGGCCAGCUGGGAGGGCUGUUGGAUAUGUACAAUUGGCCCGUGGACAGUUAGAUUCUGUUAUGCAGCAAUCUCAAGCUCGCCAGGUUCAUAAAGAACUUCAGGACACAAUGGCACAACUAGAUGCUAUUCGUCACGAAAUUCGAAGUAUAUCAAUCAUAAGUCCUGGCCCUUUAACUCGGAGCCUUAACAAUCUUGACCAGACACCUAUCUCAAAUGAAACAGACAACAGGAAACCAGAAGUUGCUGGGGUGAAUACCUCAAUAUCCUCUUUUACCAAGGAUUCAACUCCAUUGCCUUCCAACUCAUUCAAUAUGCAAAGGCAAGCAACGACUUAUGCCAGAUUGGCAGAGGCCCCUGCCAUAAAGAAUGGUUCAUUGGCAAGUAGCACUGAAGUUGAGAAGAUUAAAGAUGGUCUGCAGCUUAUUGUCAUGCCAGUUUCCGCUGAAAAUACCGGACUCUUACCAAAUCGUGGGGGAGCUGAUGUGAAAGGAUCUGACAUAGUUCAUGAAGCAAUUUUGGAGGCAGAGGUAGCUCAUAAUGCAAAGGAAUUCUUUUCACAGCCCCAAAAUCAAAUAUGAUUGAUAUGGUAAUCCUAUAUAAUACCUUAACUUUUCUAGAUGUUAGCAUUUGUAGAUUGACAAUGAUACAUAUUUAGUGUAUAUUUUUAUUUUCAAGGCAUUGGUUGAUGCAUUUUCUUUUCUUUAUAAGUUACCGGUUAUUUUUCUCCGGAACAGAAAAUCUAAAGGAGUGUUUGUGCUUCAAGUCUUCAACUAUUUUAAGUUACUAGAUCUUCAAUCGACACCGAUGCUUGAAACCAUGGUUUAUAAUCGAGACACCAAUUAGUGUCAUUCUUGCUAUGAAGCUUUAGUUUCUUUUCCAAAUAAGUGUUGUUUGGCAACUAGUGAACAUCGUAGCUCAUAGCCUAUUACUAAGGUGAAACAUUUCACAUCUUGUGCCCGUGUUGGUAUCAAGCUCACCCUUUUAUUGCAUCAUUGAUUGUUAAUGAAGUGUAGUGAUUCUCUUUGGACCUGAAUUCACUACUGUGUCACUUUGUUUAGACACAUUUACACAUAAAAAGAUAGAAAAAGAAAGAAAAAAAAGUAAGGUAUAUUUUUAUUAUAAUAAUUAA